GCGGGCCAACAAACAUUUGGCAAAAACGUGUGUGUCGCAGUCCCAUAGAAUUAAUUGCACCAAUUAUCAUCACCGUAAUUCGAUAUCAACGAUACAACCAUCCUGAGAGGAUUUUUCUUUAUUCUCAUUGAAAUUUUUCAAAAAAGAAAGGAAAAUAACGCCGCAGGAAAAUUAAAAAUUUUCAACAGAGGUCGGCCAUCGCGUAAUACAUGGUACAUACGUAAUGUAUAAAGUGAGGAAGCACAGCGGCACAUAAAACAAAAAAGGAAAGAAAACGAGACAAUUUGUGCAUUUACAUAUUUUAUACAUAAAAAGACGACGUCGAGGAAAAUCCGAGGAACGAAAAACAUUUUUCAAUUUUCUGUCGAUCUUAAAAAAAUUUAAUUUAUACACUCCUUUCGUGUAAUCUAUACAGUAUAAUAUAUCCAUACAGUAACAUUGUGUACACUGGUCGUUAAUAAAAUUUUAUCCUGCAUGGAUGUAAACGCAACGUAACGCAAUUAUAAUAUUACAGUUUACAGGUGAAAGAUAUAAUUAUACAACAGAGUGUAAAACGAAAAUGAGAAGUCACUCGUGAUUUUGGAGUUCUUCUAUUGACGAACGAAAGAAAAGAAUAGAAAAUCAAAGGAAAGAUAAAGACUGGUUCCAAAUAUUCGAAUCAAGGCAUUUCGAUCAUCGCAAUACGUGAUCGCCGAGGACAUUUCUUUCGAUACGUGUACAUAACCGAUUGACUUUCGAGCCUGAAUACAUGCAUGUGCAUGCGUAAAUGUGUACGGAUAAACUGAGAGGCUAGGAAGUGCGUGUCUAACACUAGCCGAGCCGCAGGCAUAGGUUUAGUUGAGUAGGGCCUGAAAGGGCCUAAUACCCAUCCAUAGUUGCCAAGUUUACGAAGUAAACAAGUUACGAUCGUGAAAAGCUGCCGGAUCUUGAGCUAUGCACGCGUGGGUUUCUAUCGUCUACAAAAUCGAGACUAAGAAUUUGUAAUUUUUUUAAAAGAAGAAGAUUGAAAAACCGUUAACGGCAGGGGGAUAAAAAAAUAAGGGUAGAAAAAAAAAAAAAACAUAUAUAUAUAUAUUAUAAACUGCUGGUCAAAAAGACAAAAUUUCUUACGAACCUUUUUGAAGGUACGGUGAAAAAAGAGAGAGAAAGAGACAGAGAAAAAAAGUUCCUCUCAUUUGAAGACGUCGAAUCUUUGAAAUGGACGAGGAUUUUGUGGAGGAAAUUUCUAACGCCAGCUUCGUCGUGGAGGCUGAGAAAUUGGACGAUCCGUUGAAUAUCACGAUGAUGAUUAUAAAGCCAAAACGACACGUCAACUUUCUAGCCCAGACAAUUCUAACCCUCGUUUACAUCGCCGGUGUCGUCGGCAAUAUAUCAGCCCUCGUCAUCCUCUUCAGUCGCGAUAAGAGAAGGAACCGGAAGCACCUCCUGAUGCUGCGUUGUCUGGCGACGAACAACCUCGUCGCCUUGCUAGGAAUGCUCGUUCAAAUGCACCUCACUCUUUACGUCGAAGAUGCGGAAACCCGGAUUUUCUGCGCCCUUCGAGUCGUCUGGAGAUUUUUCGGCCUUUUUAGCGGGUGCGUGGCGAUUGUGAUGGCCGUAGAACGCUGGCUCGCUCUGACGAGGCCUUUCGUUUACCAGAAGCAGGUGACGUAUCCGGUGAUAGUUCGAUGCAUAAUUCUGCUCUGGUUCGUCUCUGGUAUCCUGUGCUUUAUGCCGUUCGCUGGUUUCGGCGAUUAUUAUCAGCAGGGCUCGGCACCCGAUUACAAAAACGGGAAGUGCCUCCGUUACAGAGACGCGAAAAACGUCGAAGACAUCGCCUACGCCUACGUUUUCUUCUUCUUCGGCACGGUUCUCUGCCUCUCGAUCGUUUGGUGCAAUCUUGCAGUGUCUCGAGCACUGUGCAGAUUGAGCCGUCGAUCGGCAGUAAUUCGUAGGGUGUCAAGAGCCUCGUCGCGAGCCAAGCCUCUUCUCAGCAUAGCCACCGGUCCACCCUCGGAAGUCGUCGCUACAGCCGAGGAAAGGGCCUUCUCUCGACUGAUGGCCAUGCUAUCGAUAACGUUCGUCAUUUGCUGGAUGCCUCAGAUGAUCUCGAUCCCCUUGGCCCAGUACUCGCCGAGUAUCGGACGGGAGCGAGUUAUCGUUGAAAAAUUGAUCUUUGCGUUCAACACGAUCGCCGACAUCCUGCUAUGCAUUCACUUCACCCUGGAUCCCUACAUUUACGUGCUGUUACGAAUGCGCCCCAGUUUUCCCUUCCUAAAACCGCUGUGCCGCAUCUGCCGCUCGGGAAGAAGUCGCGCAAGCUCCUUUACAGGGACCAUCGACAAUCGCGGCAGCAGCGGGGAUCCGCCAACUCCGAUAACGGAAGCUCCAUCGACUCCGGUCAGCGAGGAAAUGGAGCCUCAACUUACAGCGGCGGCAGUCUGAGAUUGGCUUUUGCGAGCGAUCGGAAAUCGUCGGAAAAAAUACAGGGAGACACGGGUAUGAUUAUUACCGGUCUUCCGGUCUCUCGCUGAAUUUUGAAAAAACAAAAAUGAAAAAUUUGUCAAUUUUUCAUUGCCCCGCAAUCGACGAUUCGCACGCGUGUUGUAAUUAAUUCUACUAAAUAUAUAUUACGCGGACAGCGAUCAUGCGCAGCUAAUUAACAAACCCUGCGACAAUACAUAUGUUUGUUUAAUAUUUACCGAUGGCGUAAAAAAAUUUUCAUUAUUCUAUGAGUCGCGUUUAUUUAUUUGUUACGGUUUUUUUUUUUUCGUUCCUUACCAGCAGCGUUAAAUCGGAAUCAGAUUUUAGGAAAUCGCUUCAACGUGACUCAGCUGGCUUAAUUUUUAAUCUUGGCAAUUUUGGCAGCAUUAAUUUGCAUACGCACUGCAUUUAUUAUAUAUCAUAGUUAUACUUGGUACGAAAAAAUUGAGUAACUUUGUUCGGUGUUGACAAUGGCUGCACGGUGCCUUUCUGAAAUAACAUAUGUGUAAAGAACUUGAGAUAGGUAUGUAUUGUACGUGGAGAAUGUAAAGCGGUACCUGAAUCCGUUGAUUAUUGAAUAGUGUAAAGAUGGUGUUGAAAAUGAUUGAAUAUUUCUUCAAAGUCACGCAGGGGUCGAACGAUAAUAAGAUUACAACCGAUGAGAAAUGUUAAUGUCGAGUGUAAAUAUUACUGUUCUGAAAAAUGGAUGAAAUGAAAAUUUGCUGUGCUAAUUGAAAUUCAAUUAUUAUCGUGUAUGGGUGUCUAUAUGCACGUUGAAAAUAAUAAUAAUAAUAAUAAUAAUAAUCAGAAAAGCAAACUAUUCAACCGAAAAAAAAAAAAAAAAAAAAAUCAAGGGUGUAGGAUAUUAUGUUAAUUAAAAAUUCUUAUGUACAGUAAGAAAAAUCAAAACUAUGAUUGUAAUUGUUAAAGAUAAAACUGAAUCAAAGAAUGAUAUUAAUAAUCUAACAUGUUACUGUUAUUAACGCUGUAAUCUAAUUGUAAAUUCAAGUCAUCGCUUGUCACAGAGGCGACGCAGGUGAUGGCUUCGAAUAUAGAUUUAUGCAAACGGAUUUCAACUCUACAAAUUGCCUUACGAAUAAUGAAAAUAUUUGAUGUACGAAAAUCAACAAAAAAGCUUAUACAUAUUUUAACGUAUGUAAUGUAAAAGUGAAAAAAUGACGUAUGUAUACACGUAUAUUUCUAGUCAGUAACAAAUAUAUUGUGUUAUUUUUUAAGACUCGCAAAACAACCGAUACGUUACGAUAUCAAUUAAACUACGUUACACACAACUAACAAUACCAAAGGUAACUUUCCGAGUUAAUGAUCGACGUUCGUUAAUUUUAAUUUCUAAGACUAUGAUGUACAUGUUCGGGAAAUUUUCGCUGCAACUUAUUGCUGGUAGAUGUUUAUCUGACGAAUAUGUCAAAUGAAAUGCGAAUAGCUGAAAAGAAAUGUCGCGAAAGUAGCAAAGAAAAAAUUGAAUAAAAUUAAUUUUUUUUUUCUUUAAAUUAAAUAUUAUUGUUCAGUAAAUUAUUCGAUCAAGUGAAUACAGACUUCGGUUACGAGCUACUAUGUUGUAUCUUUAUACGUACGUAUAGGUACAUGCACUUUAUUUUCAACGACUGUUUACAAGUCGAUUUUUAUUUGUUUUUCCUUUUAGUUUCACAUUUUGGUACGUGUUUUAAUGCAACCUGUCCAUUUUUAAUUUUUACGACUGUUAUCUGUUUAUUAACUGCACAUGCAUACGAUGGGUUUUUAUCGUCACUAUAUGCAAUUCAAGCUAUGCCAUAGGUUAUACGUAGCAUUGAUUAUAAUCAAAACGGUAAAUAAUAUUUUUUACUGAUUGUUUACACCUGUUGAAUGUAUUGUAAAAUGGUAUACAUGUAGGUAUAAGAGUUAUUAUACGUCAACAUGAACGAUUAUGUUUACACAAGUACUAAUUACAUUGUAUAGGUAUCCUAUAUGUAUAUACCUAUGCAAGAAAUGUCGUAUCGUGCAACACGCAUUUCGACGUCAAUGUUAAUAAAUAUCUUGAACAUAUUCUGCAGUUAA